AUGUUUUUUAUAUAUCUCUUAAUUAUUAGUUUUUUUUUUUUUUUUUUACUAAUCAAUAGCUUCAAUAUAACUAAUAUUAAUAGCAAGUCAGAUAAAUUCUUAAAACUAAAAUAUAAAUAUGUAAAAUGUAGACAAAAAUAUAUAAUUAAAAACUUGCAAAGCCAUUUUGAUUAUACUAUUGAAAAUUUUCCAUGUAUGACUGAAAUUGUAAAUAACAAAGAUGGUUAUUUUUUUAAAAGUAAUAAAACAUUUUCUGAUUUGAAUAUUCACAAAACCUUAGUAGAAGAGUUAAGAAAAAAUAAUAUUAAUGUAGCUUCAACAAUUCAAUCAGAUUUAUUAGAUUAUUAUAAUAAAAAUUAUGAAAAAUUGAAAAAUAUUAUUAUAGGUGCAGAAAAUGGUAUAGGAAAAACAAUGUCUUAUAUAAUUCUCAUUUUAAAUCAUUUAUUAAAGGAAAAAAAAAAAAAUAUAUGUACUAUAAUUUUUCAAUAUAAUAAUUUAUUGUGUAACCAAUGUUAUGAUAUCAUAAAACUCCUUUCAAAAAAUGUAAAGGUUAAAACAAUUAACUUAAAAAAUGAAGAUAAGAUAAGUUCAAAUAAGAAUCUUAUAAUCAUAUCAUCUCCUAUAAAAUUUUAUCAUUAUAUGAAAGAAAAUAAAGAAACUUUGUAUUUUUUAAAAAAUUUAAAUUUUUUUAUAAUAGAUGAAGUAGAUGCAAUAUUUGAAAAACCUUACUUGAAAUAUAUGAAUUUUAUUUUUAAUGAAAUAAAAAGAAUAAAUGAUAAUUUUGUAUCAAUAAUAACAUCAUCUACCUUAAGUAAUAAAGGAAAGAAAUCUACAUAUAACAACAUAAUGAAAUAUAUAAAAAAUUCAGUAAUGAUAAAAACAAAAUAUAUGCAUAAUAUUCAUCCAUUGAUUAAUUAUCAUUUUAUUAAUUUAAGUAUUCAUAAUAUUUAUGCAAAAUUUGAAGCAAUUAAAGAUAUCCUUCUAAAAGAAAAUCAUAAAAAAGUUCUUAUUUUUUGCAAUACUAUUAAAAGUUGCAACCAAGCAUUUAGUUUAUUGAAAUCCGUUUUCGAUAACAUUUUCAUUUUUAAUUCUUCAUUAAAAAAAACAGAUCUAUUAAUAAUUUUAGAACAUUUUAAGAAUUCAGAAAAAUCUAUUUUAGUAACUACUGAUAUAAUAUAUAGAGGUGUUGAUGUGAAAAACAUCACACACCUUUUUCAUUUUGAUACACCAACAAAUAUCAUAGUUUAUACUCAUAGGAAUGGAAGAAUAAGUAGAGGACCAAGUACAGGAGAUAUUUAUAUAUUUAACAAUUUGAAUGAUUUAAUAACGAAAAAAAUAUAUGAAUUUCAUAAAAAUAAUGUGAAAUUUGAAGAACUUUUUAGUAGAAAAAGAUCUUUAAGAAAAAAUUAUAAAAAAGAAUUAAAAAAAGCUAUGUAG